AUGGAGGCCGCGGCUGAGCGGGCGACCCCGGGGGCUGCCAGGCGGCGCUCUCGGCUGCUGCAGGGACCAGGGAAGCGGAAGGCGGCAGCGGGGGACUGGUCGGAGCGGGCUCGGAAGCGGCGGCAGCGGCCGCGACCUGAUCGCAGAAUGGAAGAGGAGCAGGCCGAGGGGGUCUUCCGAGAAGUGGUCAGCUUCAGCCCGGACCCUCUACCAGUUAGAUACUAUGAUACGGACACCACCAGCCCCGUCAGCUUUUACUUGACUUCGCUGGAGGAGCUGCUGGCCUGGAGGCCCACCGUGGAGGAUGGCUUCAACGUGGCCCUGGAACCCCCCGUGGGCCGCCAGCCCCCUCUGAGCAGCCCACGGCCCCGGACCCUGGUGUGUCACGACAUGAUGGGCGGGUACCUGGACGACAGGUUCAUCCAGGGCUCCCCCGCCCAGCAGCAAUACUCCUUUUACCACUGGCAGUACAUCGACAUCUUCGUCUACUUUAGUCACCACCUGGUCACCAUCCCCCCAGUGGGCUGGACCAACGCCGCCCACAAGCACGGGGUCUGCGUGCUCGGGACGGUCAUCACAGAGUGGACCGAUGGCGCAAAGUUGUGCGAAGCCUUCCUGGCUGGGGACGAGCGCUCCUACCGGGCUGUGGCUGACCAGCUCGUCCGUCUUGCCCAGUUCUUCCGCUUUGAUGGCUGGCUGGUCAACAUCGAGAACUCUCUGAGUACUGCGGCGGUGGGGAACACGCCGGGAUUCCUGCGGUACCUGACAAGGGAGCUGCAUCGCGCCGUGCCGGGGGGCUUGGUGCUCUGGUACGACAGCGUAGUGCACAGCGGCCAGCUCAAGUGGCAGAACGAACUCAAUGACAGCAACAGAUCUUUCUUUGAGGCCUGUGACGGCUUCUUCUCCAACUACAAUUGGCGGGAGGAGCACCUGGAGCGGAUGGUGGCGCAGGCCGGGGCGCGGCGCGCUGAUGUGUACGUGGGGGUGGACGUCUUCGCCCGCAGCAACGUCGUGGGCGGCCGCUUCGACACGCACAAGUCCCUGGAGCUCAUCCGGAAGCACGGCUUCUCGGCUGCCCUGUUUGCGCCUGGCUGGGUGUACGAGUGCUUGGAGAAGAAUGACUUCUUCCAGAACCAGGACAGGUUCUGGAGCCUGCUGGAACGGUACCUGCCCACGCACAGCCUCUGUUCCCUGCCCUUCGUCACCUCUUUCUGCCUGGGGCUGGGGACACGGAGGGUCUGCUACGGACAGGAGGUGAACACGGGGCCCUGGUACCACCUCAGUGCCCAGGAGCCGCAGCCCCUGCUUGGGGAGCACGGACAGGAGGGGGGUGGUGGGGGCUGGGUGAAGACCCACUGCUGCCUGGCCGAGGCCUGGAACGGGGGCAGCUCCCUGCUCAUCCGGGGGGCCAUCCCCCCCGAGGUGGGGCACGUGGCUGUGAGGUUAUUCUCCCUGCAGGUCCCUGUGACCCCCAAGAUCUUCCUGUCCCUAGUGUAUAAGCUUGAAGGACCCUCGGCCGUGACGGUGGCCCUGGAGCUGAGUACGGGGGACACUGACAGCUGUCACAUUGGCAGUAUCUCAGCCCUGAACGCGGACACGAGCCGGAGGUACAGUGCCCAGCCCCUCCGUGUGCCCCCCACCAAGCUGACCAGGUGGGCCGGCCGAUGUGGCCAGCCACUGCCAGGGGGUUGGGUCCAGCGCUGCUUCAAGGUGAUGCUGCAGGGCUGUGUGCUGCGGGACCUCUUCGUCAGCUUCUCCCGGCCCCCCAACAGCCAUCAGGAGGAGACCUUUGUCUGCCGCCUCGGGGAGAUCCAGGUGGUGGAUGCCCAGAGCCUGCUGAGCCCCCUACCCCAGGUGCAGACUGUCACAAUCUCCCACGUCCGCUGGCAGCCGGCCGCCCCAGAGCCCAGGGGCCUCACUCGGUCCAGGCAGCUCCAGCUGAGCUGCACCCUGCACUGGGCCUUCCCGCUGCCCCAGGCCCGCUGUUUCUGGGUCCACUGUCGGAGGGAGCCAGCGAGCGGCCCCCAGGGUGGGGGGCCGCUGGACCCCGAGAGGCCUGAGUUCCUGGGCCUGGCGUUCACCAACCAGUACCGUGUCGUGGACCUGGCUGUGGCCAGCGAUGGGCCUGGCCGAAGAGGCCGCGUGGAGUUCCUGGUGCAGCCUGUCCCCAGGGAGGGCUUUUCAAUCCCGCAGGCUGAGUGGGGCCGGGCCACCCUGCUCUACACCAGCCCUGCCCCUGAUAGUCAUUAGGUGCUCCCCGUUGCCUGUCAGCCCCACGGUGAGGGUAGGGGCCCCUGGGCGUAGGCAAUGGGACCCCGCCUUUAUCCUAGCUUUCUUCUUAGUCUGGGGUUUCAUAUGAAAUGACCAGGGGACGUUUAGUCUAGAAAGUUCCGGAGAGAACACUUCCUGGUGGGGUUCCAGUGGAUGCUGAACAUGCUGGCCUGCAUCUGUGGCCCCACCCUGCUGAACAGUGAGAAAGAAAGGGGCGCAGGCUGGAUAGCAGAGGGGACACCCGACAUGGGGCCGGACCAACCGGGCCUUCCUUGCUCCUGUCGAGGCUGGAGGCUGUGUACUCCUUGGGUAGCUGAGAGUUUGAGCCCCACACCACCCCAGCCUGUGGGACGGUGUCAGCAGGGCUGGGUGUCACACCUUAGGGCCACCGGCCCCAGAUUCCCCGAGGCCUCCCGUGUGCCUCACUGACCACACGCCACCAUCCGACUGCGCGGCGGCUCCCAAUAAACUUGGAAAGCAUUGCCAGAA